AUUUCGAAAAAUAAACCAACAUAGGAGCCAAGACGUAUAGUCAUUACAACCCAUACCUCUCUUCUCUUCCAUCAUCUUCAAUUCUCCUCCUCAUUUUCUUGCCGUUUCUUUCCCUUUCUCGCUCUUCUCUUUUAUCAUCCUCACUAUCCCGGUAUUGCCGGAAAAUCCACCCUCUCCAAUCAUCCGUGUUCUUCACACAUCUCUUUUUUCCAUAUGUUCAACCAAUUUCCUGUUUAAAAGCCGUUUUUUGGUUCGCUUGCUGCGGUUUUAGUGAUUCCCGACAUUUACUCUUUUCAAAACUGUCGUUAUAAGGCUAUCAGUUUCUUCCAUUUUCUGGAGGGAAUGGAUUCGAUCGAUUUUGAUAGCGUCAAACUUGAGAAAGCAAACGCCAUGCGCAAGUAUCAUACGCUUCGAAAGUUUGCCAACUUUUUGCGAGUGCUCGAGGUUUCUGUGGCACUGUUCAUCAUGCUGUUUUGGUCUUCAAAGCGAGUUUCGAACGCCGUAAAGAUCUUCUCCGAGUACCUCCGGGAACUCUGUGUGGUUCUCGCUAAUCCUCGAUUCAUGUUCCUAAUCGGAAAUGCAAUAAUCAUCACUCUCUUCGUCAAAUCCGGUCGCUUCUCCGGCGAAAACCCCGACAGGGGCAAUGCCGAACCAGAUCUCUACGACGAGUACGUCCAGCACAGCGAGAAUAGCCAGAAGGUCGUUUCCCAAAUUGACUGCACGGUGACAAAGGUCAGCCACGACGAUGACUUCGUCAAGCACAGUGAGUCGCAGCAGAAAGGCUUCUCCGAAAUUGAUUCGCCAGUUCCGGCGACAAGCGACGACAAGCAGAUUGUCUGCUGGGAGAAUGCGCUCCAUACUGUUCUUCCGGAUCCGGUUACAACCGUUACAAAGAAAGUUCCGGAGACGAAAUUUUAUCGAAGGACAAAGUCGGCGACCAUCCGACCCGAGAGUGCCGAGAAGCCUAGUAGAGAGCUGCGGCGAUCAGAGACAGAUAAGUUUCAGAAAAUGGAUAGUUCCGGCGGUAAAUCGGCUAGAAGAUUGUCUAGGGUGGAGGAAUUGAGCAAUGAGGAGUUCAGACGCAAGGUAGAAGCGUUCAUUGAAAAGCAACAGAGGCUUCUAAGGGAAGAGAACGUGGCAAUCGUCCUGAGCAAACAGAACUGAAGCUGCAGUGAACAAAAUAGUAAAUAUGUCGAGGAAUUUACGACAAUUCACAGUACAGAUUACUGCUCUAGAGAAGUAAAAUGUAUCCCCAUUUUCUUGUCCUUGUUUUUAUCAAUUUUCUUAAGAUGCUUCAGGGCCGGGAUGUACAGUUCUAUUUCUUAAAUCUCAGAAAUCAGUGGUAGAUUGAUGUUUA